AAAUUUAAUAUUAAUGGAUAAUAAAUUGAGAAGUGUGGUUUAAUUUGCUCUCUACACUCUAUUAUUUUCGGUUCAGAAUACUAUGGAUUUUGGUUAAAGAAUAGAAUAUUCCCUUUAUGUAUAAAUUUGAAUUUGAUUAGGCCAUUUAUUUAGUAAGUUGUUUAUUCUCAUAUUAUUAUCUAUCAAAGUUCAUUAAAACAUAUUGUAAGAAAUCUAAUUAAAUGUAUUAAUAUAUUUAAAGAAAUGAAGUUAAACAUUAACCAAGGUACUUUUGGUGACUUUAAUGUUAAAUUGUUUACCAUUUGAAAAUUUAUUAGGUGACAAAUAUCAAUAAUUAUAUCGAGAAUUAACCGAAUUAAUUAAUCAAACAAUCUUAUUUUACACAUGGUUAGUUAUGUUUGAGCAAAAUUUAAAAAAAGAAAAUGUCGAUUAAUAAGCUAUCAAGCCAAUUUCAGUAUUUAAAGUUCUCUUUUGUUUUGGUUACCCAAUUAAUUCAGCCUUAGAGAUUAUAAAUAGAAUAGUAAAUCCAUUUCAAUCUAUUUUUUAGAUAUUCUAAAAAGAAAGAGAAUAUCAAGUGCUUUUGGGACUGGAAUUAAUUUAUGGAAUAGUAUUUCUUGUCUAAUAUGGCCUCUAUAUAAAGUAGUAUUAAAUUAGAAAUGUGAAGACUAGUGUCAAUUAUAAGUAGCAUGAUCCCUUUGAUGAUGAAUUGGCAGACACAAUUUAAAAUGAAAAUGAUAAUGAAACUGUGAUAUACGACUAUUUCAGAUUUUCUGUUAUUGCAUGCUUAGGUCUUAUUAUAAACACAGUAGUCAAAGUUUAUUAAUAUGAACGCUCAAGUAUGAGUUUUAUAAAAUAAACUGGAAUCAUUGUAGUUUAUGCAAUAUUCAUUUCAAAUUUGAUUAAAAUUGCUGAAGAUAAAUAAAUAGAACACAAAACCUUUUUAGAAUUGAGUAACAGACAGACUAGAAGCGAUGAUCCCUUAUAGGUUUGAGAG